GAGGAGGAGGAGGAGGAGGAAGAGAAGGAAGAGGACGCAGGCCGGAACCCCCAUUUGGCGACGACCAAGGGGGUGAUCAUCGUACGACGAUCCACCGACGAAAGGAGCACCAAGGAAAAUGGCGGACCUCGAGGCGGUGCUGGCCGAUGUCAGCUACCUGAUGGCCAUGGAGAAGAGCAAGUGCACGCCGGCCGCCCGUGCCAGCAAGAAGAUCGUUCUGCCGGAUCCUAGCGUUCGGAGCGUCAUGCACAGAUAUCUGGAGAAGAAUAAUGAAGUAAACUUCGACAAAAUAUUUAAUCAAAUGUUAGGUUACCUUUUAUUCAAAGACUUCUGCGAGACUGUAGCGGAGGAACCGAUUCCGCAACUUAGGUUUUACGAAGAGAUCAAGGCGUACGAGAAGCUCGAAUGUCCGGAAGAAAGGAGAAAACUUGCCCGUGAAAUCUACGACAAUUACAUUAUGAAAGAAUUACUGUCGCAUUCUCAUGAAUAUUCGCAAGAGGCGGUAGCUCACGUGCACAAAUAUCUUAUGAAAAAUGAAGUCCCAGUUGACUUAUUUGAGCCGUACAUCGAGGAGAUAUUUAAUCAUUUGCGAGGGGAACCGUUUCAAAAAUUUUUGGAAAGCGAUAAGUACACCCGUUUCUGCCAAUGGAAAAACUUGGAGUUGAACAUCCAGCUGACGAUGAACGACUUCAGUGUGCAUCGAAUAAUAGGCAGGGGCGGCUUCGGCGAGGUGUAUGGUUGCCGGAAAGCGGACACUGGCAAGAUGUAUGCCAUGAAAUGUCUAGAUAAAAAGCGCAUUAAGAUGAAGCAAGGUGAAACGUUAGCUCUCAACGAGAGAACGAUGCUUUCGAUAGUCAGCACCGGGAUGGACUGCCCAUUCAUAGUGUGUAUGACGUAUGCGUUUCACACCGUCGACAAGCUGUGCUUCAUAUUGGAUCUGAUGAACGGUGGCGAUCUGCAUUAUCAUCUAAAUCAACGCGGAAUCUUUACUGAGCCGGAAGUGAAAUUCUACGCUGCGGAAAUGCUCCUCGGCCUGGAACACAUGCAUAGUAGGUACAUCGUUUACCGUGAUCUGAAGCCAGCGAAUAUAUUGCUGGACGAGCACGGUCACAUUAGGAUAUCGGAUCUGGGAUUGGCAGUCGAUUUCUUAAAGAAAAGGCCGCACUCAAGCGUUGGCACGCAUGGAUACAUGGCGCCGGAGGUGAUUGCGAAGAACACCCCAUAUGAUUCGAGUGCGGACUGGUUUUCCUUCGGUUGCGUAAUAUUCAAGCUCUUGAUGGGACGUAGUCCGUUCAGGCACCUAAACACCAAGGAUAAACACGAGAUAGAUCGUAUGACGCUGAAUAUGCAAAACGUCUCCAGCCUUGGAAUACCGGAGACGUUGUCGCCGGAGAUGCAGUCGCUGUUAGAAGGUUUACUACAACGGGAGGUCAGCAAAAGACUCGGCUGCCGUGGCAACGGCGCGAACGAGAUAAAGGCGCACCCGUUUUUCAGUGGUAUCGAUUGGCAACAGGUGUAUCUGCUAAAGUACACGCCGCCAUUAAUACCGCCGCGCGGCGAGGUCAACGCCGCGGAUGCCUUCGACAUCGGCUCCUUCGAUGAAGAAGAUACAAAAGGAAUCAAGCUGACGGAUGCGGAUCAAGAACUCUACAAAAACUUUUCUACAGUCAUCUCCGAAAGAUGGCAGGCUGAAGUGGCCGAGACUGUGUUCGAGACAAUCAAUAACGAAGCGGACAAGAUGGAAAAUAAAAAGAAGGCGAAACAAAAACAGCGAUUUGAUACAGAUGAGAAAGGUUCGGAUUGUAUAUUACACGGUUAUAUAAAGAAAUUAGGAGGUCCAUUCGCGAGCGCAUGGCAGACGCGCUACGCAAAACUAUAUCCAAAUCGGUUAGAGUUACAUCCGGAAUCAGCGACUAAGCCUGAACUUGUAUUUCUUGAUCAAGUCGAGGAAGUAGGAGCGGAUCUGCAACUGGUAAAGGGGGAACAAUGCAUCGUAAUGCGUACAAAGGAUGCAAAGAUCGUACUUACAAAUGCCGACGAGAUAAGCUUGAAAGAAUGGGCACUCUCGUUGAGAUCGGCACAUAAAUGCUCAAUGGAGAUGCUCGGAAAUAUGGCGAGAAAAGCAGGCAAGAUCUACGGGACUGAGCGGGACGCAGUGAUCCCGGCGACGCAGCGGUCGACAAACGGCAACUAGCCCCUUGUCGUCAUGUGCGACGUCGCACCGUCAUACUUCAGUCCCACUGCCCCGCAGCAGCGACAGCAGCAACAACUUUUUUUAUACUAAACCGAUGAUGGGGAAAGCAGCGAUGGAUAGAAGAAAAGGAUUUAAGCAGAACGGAAUGGCAAUACAGGUAGUGCCACUUCCUUCUGAAAGCUCGCUCUGAAUUUUAACGCUACGACGUUAAAAAAAAGCGGCUAAAUCCCUCUUUUUGGCACACCUCGAUCAAACGGAACGUCCCAAAGAAAAUUUCGUUAUACGGCGGAUAGCGCUGCGCUGUGUAUUAUAGAUACUUUAGUCAAGUAGUGUCGUAUCGUGCGUACGUUCUCCCAGGGCCAUGAGGAUAAUGCGCGCGCGCCCAUACACACACACACACACACACACAAACACACACACAUACAUUUACACAAACGUACACUUACACAUAAAACAAUACAUACAUAUACGCAAGUAAUUGCGGCUCCUUCUGGUCACUGACGCGGGCGCGUAGGCAUCUCGUUAUAUUUGUACAUUAGUUAUAUGUGCAAUAUGUGACGUAGCGACUAGCGACCGACCGAGCGACGAACAAAAAUUGACAGAUAACACACGGGAAAACAUGAAAUACAUCCGGUAGUGUAUUAUUAUGACCUAGUACUCUCUACACGAUCCCGUAUUCUUAUUAUUUUCUACGCGUUUCGUCAUAUCGCUCGUUUACUUAAUUUAUUUACUAAUGUAGAGAGAGAAAGAGAGAAAGACCAGUUUUAUAUUAUCCUUACGAAGCAAAAGUGACCGAUUAUUUAUUGUGUUGUUAAGUGCGAGAGAAUGAGAGACGAAAAAUAAGAAAACUUUGUUUGUAUAUUAACCAAAAAUGACUCGAAUACCGAAUGCAUGCAACAUAUGUACGCUCGAGUGGAUAUAUGCGAGUCCGCUCCGGCAAUAAAAUAUGCGAUGAACGUAGAUGAGAAGAGCUUUUUUUCGUCCUGCAUCAUGUGUAGAUCAACACUAAAAAUUCAGUAAGUAUUUGUGAUCUCCAUUACGUUAUGUUUUGAACAGAUCGUAAUCUUUACGUAAUCGUGAUCGAACGAUGUGCGAAAUUAACAAAUGUUCGAUUUAGCAGUUAUAUGACAAAGAAUUACAUAUCAAUGUCACGAAUGAAUUGAUCCAUGGUCCAU